UUUCCAUCGGACGCCGUCAGAUCGCGAGGUGGGGUUCCAUAGAUUUUUUGGGCAGACCUGACAUGGAGAGAAGCCUGUGAGCGCUCCGCAGCUCUGAGAACACGUUCCUGGUCAUGGAGAAGUUGGCUCUCAUAUUUGUCGUGGUCGUGAGCGCAAGCCAUGCGCAGCUCUAUUUGGGAGGAGGUUACGACUAUGAUCCCCGCUGCAAUAUCUCGUUGACUCUCCGAGGCGAGUGGUACUCCAGAGAGCACGGAGACGAUACCUUCACCACCAUCGAAGCGGAAUCCGUGAGGUUCAACUCCUACGAUCAGAAUACGCAACGAAAUCUGAUCAUCGACACGAGAUGCGUCGCCCUCUCGGUCUACAACAAUGACAACUUCACUUUCGUUCUCCAACGGACGGAUACACCAGUACCAUGUUACUACUGCACGAGGAUGUUUGUCAGAACUUUGAACGUCAUCGACAAGAUCUCAACGACUUGCGUCAAUAUAAAUCCAUCGGAACGUCCUGAUUUCUCGACCGUGUGUAGAGGUCUCGACGUCAACAUGGAGCAGGUCACCUUGUUUUCAACUAAUCCGACCCCAAAGAACUGUCGAUCUUCACUCGAAGGAGUAUGGAAAUUCGCCUACAAGAACACCUACAAGUUCUUCGGAGAGUGUAAGCAUCCAGACGCCAACAUCACUGCCUGUCAGGUCCCUGGCAGUCAAUUUUUCAUCGACAAUCAGCAGUUCCAAGUGAACUACCGCAAAUGCGAAGGCAUGGAAGACACGCAAGACGGAGAGGUCCAGUUCAAAUGCUUAGGCGACUGGUACAUUGGGAAGAACCACUAUUUCGCCGUGGUGAACUCGCGAGAGUCUCGGAUCGAUGAGAAGUAUCGGUGCUUCCUCGCCAACCGAGACGAUGACACAUUUUUGGGCUCCUCGAUCACCCCGGAAUGCAACGUUUUGAAAAAUCCCCAAGACGCUCCCGCGAGAUACCAUAUGGAACAGGUCAAAACGGAAAUCAUGGAGCCUCGCUGCAAGCUGCCGGAUAAUUUCACCGGUCAGUGGAUCAACACGGCAAACUUCGACGCCGACGUUACCAUCAAUCGAACUCACAUGAUUGAGAGAUGGAAGCCAGACACUGGGAGGAUCAAAGAGCAGAUCUACGUCUGCGUGGAAAAACGUAACAACCGUUACAUGAUGGCUCGUCACGGAAUUAACGGAUGCUCUCGAGAUUACGUAUGUUUCGAUUUCGUUCCCCGACAUCAUUCCGUGAUCCGGUACCGGAAAGGGAAGGAGCUCCGAGAUCCUGUCUUCUCGACUGUGUGCUCGUGGACAAUGUUCAAGGCGAAGCAGGACUGGAGAUACGAUAUCCUAGUGAUGAAAACACCGGUUAGCAUCAAAUGCCCAGUCGCCGGAAAGUUUAAAUUCAUUCAAACCGGAGACAUCCUAUUCGAGACGAGAAUCCGCGGAGGAGUAACUCAGAUGCCCCGACCUAAUACGUACUGCAAGGAGAAUAUCUCAGAUUUCUCGGUUUGUGACAGAGACCAGAGAAUCAUCGCCAUAGACGCCGAUUAUUGCGUGUCAGUCGACCAUUUCGGUAGACCGGUCGAUAUCUAUUCGGAGCCCGAUCACAUGCUGAAAUGCAUUGGAUUCUGGCGAGAGAACUUGAAAAGUUAUCUCAUAACGUACGAGGAGGAAGAUGCUUACAGCAAGUACCGCUGCUGGGUCUACCAGCGAGCCGAUUUGAAUCGAGUGCUCAUGUCUCUGAGUGUCGGCGCCUUCUGCCACGUGAAGCAGGACGUGGUUUCUAUAAGUUCGCGAGAGGGAGCACAAGUCGCGCUCGACAUGGUCGAAUACGAAAGAGAACACGAUGAUUGUCCGAUGUAUUUCGAUGAUGGUACCGACCCAUAUGCGCAGAUCUCGGACCAAGCGGCCAUUUUCAAUUCAGCCACGGAUGUCAGAAUAGGAGCAUCUCUACUGAUUGUCAUGUUCACAUUUGUGUUGUCACUUCGGAGACUUCGUUUCUGA